GCCCUCCAUUCUUUUUCUUUAUUUAUAAAUUCGACCCGCACCUCGUCGACCCUUGAACUUUCCCUUCUUUAUUUUCAUCGUCUUUCGCCGAUCAAGAACUCUAGGGUUUCGAUUGUUUUUUUUUUUUUAAAUUUCUUUUCCUCUUCCAUCUCUAAAACGCUCACGAACUCAGAUCGGCAGCCGUUAACGAGAUCAAGAAGCCAAGAAUCCCUAAACUCCGUCGAAUUCCUUUAAAGAACAUUUUUUUUUCUUUUUUUUUUAUACCUUUAUUUGACCCGGAAUCUCGAAGAUGAACGAGAUCUGAACUGAAUUGAGUAAGAACAGUACAAGGACUAAAAAUUUCGACCUUAAUCAUGUCGAGAUCUGCUGUUUAUCAUAAGAAUUCGUUUAUUGGGGAAGUGGAAAUCUAUUACCCUAGGAAUUCGAAUGGAUCAUGGAUGAGAGAGAUUCGGAUCGAUUACUUGUCGCCUCCAAGCGAUCGCUGCUUGCCUUUGGCGAUUCUUCAUACGAUCGCUAACAAUGGCGUCUGCUUCAAAAUCGAAUCGAAAUCGCCGUCAGCUGAGCUGUUCAAUUGCUACUCCGCUUGUCUCAGAGAGAAUAAGACUGCUGUUGUUGCAUUGGCAGAUGAAGAACUACAUUUGGUGGCCAUGCCUUCUAGGAAGAACCUCAUGCAGUAUUCAUGUUUUUGGGGUUUCAGUGUUGCGCCUGGACUAUAUAAUUCUUGCCUUGUCAUGUUGAACCUCAGAUGCCUUGGGAUUGUGUUUGAUCUUGAUGAAACACUUAUAGUAGCUAAUACAAUGCGCUCAUUUGAGGAUAGGAUUAAUAAUCUACAGCAAAAACUAAGCAACGAGACUGAUCCACAACGGGUUAGUGGAAUGGUAGCUGAGGUUAAGCGGUAUCAGGAGGACAAAUUUAUUUUGAAACAAUAUUUGGAAAAUGACCAAGUUGUUGAUAAUGGGAAGGUGUUCAAAGUUCAAUCGGAGAUUGUUCAGCCAAUCUCUGACAGUCAUCAACCAAUCACUCGCCCAAUUAUAAGGUUACAAGAGAAAAACAUAAUCUUGACACGGGUUAAUCCAGCGAUACGUGAUACUAGCGUUCUUGUGCGGUUACGGCCUGCAUGGGAGGAUUUAAGAAGCUACUUAACUGCUAGAGGUCGAAAGCGCUUUGAGGUUUAUGUUUGCACAUUAGCUGAAAGAGACUAUGCUCUGGAAAUGUGGAGGCUUCUUGACCCAGAAUUGAACCUUAUCAGUUCUACAGAACUUCUAGACAGAAUUGUUUGUGUCAAGCCUGGCACAAAAAAGUCUUUGCUCAAUGUAUUCCAAGGUGGAAUCUGCCAUCCGAAGAUGGCACUAGUUGUUGAUGAUCGUUUGAAAGUUUGGGAUGAAAAAGAUCAACCACGAGUUCAUGUUGUCCCUGCCUUUGCGCCAUAUUAUGCUCCCCAAGCAGAGGCAAGCACUAUCCCUGUUUUAUGUGUUGCGAGAAAUGUUGCUUGUAAUGUCAGAGGCAGUUUCUUCAAAGAAUUUGAUGAUGGGUUAUUGCCACGAAUUACCAAUAUCUUUUAUGAAGAUGAAACUCUGGGUCUUCCUGAUGCUCCAGAUGUUGGCAAUUAUUUGAUAUCAGAUGAUGAUACUUCUGCUCCAAAUGUAAACAAAGACCCAGUUGGUUUUGAGCGAAUGGCGGAUGCUGAGGUCGAGAGGAGAUUAAAGGAAGCAAACGGCACUGCUCAAGCGUUUCCUCCCUUGGUCAAUAACUAUGAUUUGAGGCCAAUGUCUUCUCUCUCUCAUGUUAUGGCUUCUUCAUCUGGACCAAUUCCCUUGGCAGCUACUCAAGUGAUGAUGCCUUUGCCUAACAACCAAUUCCCUCAGCCAAUGUUGUCAGGCAAUCCAUUAGGUCAAACCGGGUUUUCAGAAGCUACCCAUCAAUGUCCUACUACAGAAGAGGGGGAGGUUCCUGAGUCAGAUCUAGAUCCUAAUACAAGGAGAAGACUUCUUAUCUUGCAGCAUGGUCAAGACAUGCGCGAUCCUCCUCCUCCUCCACCACCUCCUCCACCUCCGCCUCCUUCAUUCCCAUAUCGACCCCCUCUUCAGGUCUCAGUUCCUCCAGUUCAACCGCGGGGAAAUUGGUUACCAUUAGAGGAAGAUAUUAACCCAAGACAAGUGAAUACAGCAUCAAAAGAGUUUCCUUUAGAACCAGAAGUUAUGCAUUUUGACAGAAAGCGGUCUCACCCUUCAUCUUUCUUUCGCGGUAGGGAGAAUCAUAUGCCUUCUGAUAGACGUGUCCAUCAAAAUCAGAUACCAUCCGUUGAGGUAAAUUAUGGAGACAUUCCGGCAAGAACCAACCAUCCAGUAGCAAACUAUAAUAGUUAUCCAGGUCAAGAAAUGCCUAUGCCUACAACCUCUUCAAGUCACAGGGAUGCUCCUAUCAGAUCUGGUCGAGCAACUUUACAAUAUGCAGAAAAUCCUGCUGCUGUUCUACAAGAUAUUGUGAUGAAGUCAGGUGGAGGCAAGAUAGAAUUUCGAUCAGAUUUAUGUGACACAGCAGACUUACAGUUUUCAAUAGAGGUUUGGCUUGUUGGAGAGAAACUUGGAGAAGGAAUCGGCAGAACAAGGAAGGAUGCUCAGCGUCAAGCUGUCAUGAAUGCUCUUGAACAUUUGGCUAAGAAAUAUAUAUCGCCUGACCCAGUAUCUGCACAUGGAGGUUUCAAUAAGCUUUAUCAUUCCCAAGAAAAUGGUUUUACAAGCGGUUCAAACACUUUGGAAUAUCAAGCAUUCAAUAUAGAUGAGCCAUUUCCGAUUGUGAACAAUUCAGAUUCCUACACUGUGAACCAUCUUCCUGAGGGUCCAAAAUCAACAUCAGCUGUUACUGCAGUACAAGAAUUAUGUACUAUGGAGGGUUAUAGUCUCACUUUUCAAGCCCCACCACCACUAUCAGGAGGUUCAGUUGGUCAAGGGGAGGCACAUGCGCAGGUUGAAAUAGAUGGACAAAUCUUGGGCAAAGGAGUUGGAAAAACCUGGGAAGAAGCCAAGUUGCAGGCUGCAGAGGAAGCCCUUGAAUGUUUAAAAUCUAUGCUGGGUCAGUUUACUCAGAGACAUUCAGGUUCUCCUAGGUCACUACCAAUGACAUCAAACAAGAGGUUGAGACAAGAUUUCUCACGGACACUUCAAAGAAUUCCAUCAAGCUACCAAUGACAUCAAACAAGAGGUUGAGAAAAGAUUUCUCAUGGACACUUCAAAGAAUUCCAUCAUCUGGUAGAUAACAGAAAAAAAUGAUGCACUUGCGAAACACAGGCAAAACCAAUAAUAUGUUGUGAUUUUCAAAAAAAAAUGGGGCUAUGGCAGUUGUCCUACGGAAGGUGCUCGCCUACCAAAUUAAAAUCACCAUCCUUUGGUCAUUGAAUUGUAGCUUGGAAGGUAAGAUAUCUGAUGACGGUGUUAGAAUAUGUUGCAGCUUCUGAGAUAAUACUUUGGUGGGGGUACAUAUUCGCACAAAAUACUUACCUGUUUCACUUGAGGAGAUUCUAAAUCGGCAUAUGAUAGGUGAUUAUGAGCAAGUGUAGAGUAGUGGCUGACGGAACACUCUGUGAUGCUUCCAUCUCUUUUCAAGUUGAAGCAAUACAGCGUGACUUCACUUCUCAUCGAGUUACUCGAAAAAAGGGGUGACAUACUUCUUAAGAGAUUGAUGUGUGCAUGUGUAGAUAGAUGUCAAUUUGACUAUUUGAAGUCUAUUGCUCAUGAAGGGCGACGCCAGUUUUUUUGGUUGCUGGAGUUCUAAAAGAAAUGAACUCUCAAGCUAUGCUGGUUGGCGGAAUUGCUCCAUUUUGUAUUCAGUGGCAUUGUAAUUAGUGUCGGCAGGGGGUCAUAUCUUGCUGCUGCUUUCAGUUUCUGUAGAUGUGCUGGGAAACUUAUUUCCCAUUCUCAAAGGAGAUAUUUUCCAAUUGUAUUUGAUGACAA